AUGGCCAAUCACACCCUAGCAGAGUUUAUACGGGAAGAGGAAGAAAGCAAAGCGAAUAAAUUGAAAAGGGUUUCACUUGCCGAAGCUUUAAAUCUUAAACCCAAAGGACUUCUUUCUUCCUCAUCUUCUGCCCAUGACUUGAGGCAUAUAGAAUUGGAGAAAGAGAAAGAAAACAUUGCAUCACCAAUAGGAGUCUUAGAAGCAUGCAUGGAAGAAUUUCACUCUCAUCAAGUAGCUAAACCGAAAACCAGUUGUCCAAGGGCACGUCACUGGACCAAUUUUUUCAAACUUCUCAAAAAAAAGUCUUUUAAGCGGCUCGGGUCCCUCCCCCAUUUUAGUAUUCCAAAGAUAGCAAAGUGGAAAAGCAAAAGCAGUAGAGAGAGUCAUGUUCUAAGUAAGCUAUACAGCUUCAACUCUACUUGGGUCACUUUCAGCCUUUCUGAACUCAGAAAUGCAACUAACAAUUAUAACAGUGAAAAUAUAAUUGGAAGAGGUGGUUUUGCUGAUGUUUACAAGGGGUGUCUCCCAGAUGGACAAUUAAUAGCUGUGAAGAAAUUGACUAAAGGAAACACAGAUGAUAAUACCGUGGGCUUUCUAUCUGAGCUAGGCAUAAUUGCUCACGUUGACCAUCCUAAUACUGCCAAGCUAGUUGGAUGUUGUGUAGAAAGAGACAUGCAACUUGUCUUUGAACUAUCUACACUGGGAAGUUUAGGAUCCCUUCUUCAUGGUUCAGAUAAAAACAAAUUAGAUUGGAGUAAAAGGUAUAAAAUUGCUCUGGGAAUAGCAGAUGGUCUCCUCUAUCUGCAUGAGAGUUGUCACAGGCGAAUCAUUCAUAGAGAUAUUAAAACAGACAAUAUUCUGCUCACGGAGAAUUUUGAGCCACAGAUAUGUGACUUUGGGCUUGCAAAAUGGUUACCUGAACAAUGGACUCACCGUAAUAUACCACAAUUUGAAGGCACAUUUGGUUAUUUUGCUCCUGAAUAUUUCAUGCACGGAACAGUAGAUGAAAAAACUGAUGUUUAUGCAUUUGGGGUCCUACUUUUGGAGAUCAUAACCGGGCGUCCAGCUGUGGAUCAUUUGCAGCAAAGUGUUGUGAUAUGGGCAAAACCUUUCCUUGAAGCCAAUCUUACCAAGGACCUUGUUGAUCCUUCACUUGGUGAUGAUUAUGAUAGAGGACAAUUGGGUUGUGUGGUUAUUGUCACAAUGCUAAGAAGUCACAACAAGUACGGUCGGGACUCAAAAACAAGUAGAAAGAUACCUCUCCGAAGAACAUACUCAGAAGAGCUAUUAGAUGCGCAAGAAUACAACUCAACAAAAUAUCUAAGAGAUCUCAAGCGACAUCAACAAAUUGCAUUAGGUCUUGAGAUCUAA